AUGGAUUCCCCAAGUUCUCGCCGUUCUAUGACCAUCAGCGACCAGGAUCAGAGCGCACCCGAGCAGGGAGCGCUGAGGACACACCGGGCAACUACUGACACCGAAGACGCCAUGGGCCAUCCGCGUACACCAGCCCAAAUUAGUGCAGAACGUCCACAGCGUCGGUCGAAACGUCCACACCAGUCUGAUGCGAGCCUCGAGAGUAUCCUUGAGUCUUGGGGUAUGAAUGAUGCACGGGGUGUGUCGCCGACACCGAGUGUGGCCCAGGAUCAGAGCGCACACAGGCAACGAGCCCUGAAGAAACGAAGGGGGUCAAUUGUAACGAAUGACCCCAUGAGCCCUCCGCCUACACCAACCGAAAGCCAGCACUUUGAAACGAAACAUUCGCGGCGUGGGACCAAGCCUCCUCGGCGGUCCAAAGCGGACCCGGAGGAGAUCGCGAAGUCCUGGGGCAUGAAUGAUGCACAGGCUCGAGAUCCUCGUCCCCAACCUCACCCACAACUCCGCCCGCCCGGCACUGGACCCCGACGUACUCGAUCCCAACGCAAAGUAGACCAGCAAGCCCCAGAAAAGAAAUCGUUCCGCGGGAGGUGCGCACCUCGGCAGAUGAAUGGAAACCCUUGGGUCAUGGCCCCCAUGUCAGGCCAGCCGACCGACAACCCUCUCCAGAAGGGAAUCAAAUCCUGGCAGGAUCCGCUACUCAUGGACGAGUGGAACGGUGAGAGGGCCAAGCGUGUCCCGAAACCUUCACCAUUUGAGGAGAUAGUGGAUGUCUCUGUGGAACCGCCUACUGGUGGUGGGGAAGAGAAGAAACGGGAUCGUGACGACAAGUCCGACGUGGCACCGGCAUCGAAGAAGGCGAGGAUGGCGAGGGCCUCGAAAGGUAAUGCGAAGGGUAAUGCUUCCAAGGUGUCCAUCGACAGGGACUAUGACCCUUCCAUAGGAACCAAGGUAGACGUGUUCCUAACAUGUCGACCCUGGGACGGAGUGAAGAUUCUGCAGGGAGGUGGAGGUGUAGACAGGAAGGAAAGUCUAGGGAUUGAUGAAUGGACCGAAGAUCAGGACAAUGACGACUCGGACGAUGCCCAAUAUGGUGGUUUCAACAACGACGACUCGGGGUCUUUUGAGUACGAAGAGGCCCUUUUCGAUGAUAGCUCGGAUUACGGCGACCCGCGGGACGAUGACUCGAGCCUCGGCGUAAACGACAACCACAGCGACGUGACGAGCGACGAGGACGACGGGAUGACCGUCCGUGCCGUGUCGCCUUCGUUCUCGGACUAACGUGGGGACUCCCGUCUAGCCACACGUCUAGGACUUCAUGGCGCAGUGUACUGUGAUUUCGAGCGCUACCCAAUACUUCUUACCACUUUCUCUCCCUUUCAUUGAUAUCGUGUUAUCCUCAGUCGCUUUACUUUCCUCAUCUUUCCUUCCUCUCUGCACCUGCUGUACUCAACGGUGUCACGCCGUACAUGGCUUUCUUUUCAUGCUCUCUUGUCGUGUUGAUCGCUCUGUAAAUCUACAUGUCAUAUAACGCUUUUGCUCGCUCCGUUCCCUCCCCGUUCCCAUCUCCCGAAUGAUUCCGCC